UCGCGGGUUCGAAUCCAGCACAGGCCUAAACCAAUAGUAAUAAAUGAUUAUCACGUUCUCAGCGGUGAAGGAAAACAUCGCGAGGAAACCCAUGUUCCCGAGAAAUGCAUUUUCGGAGAAAUGUGACCUAACCAGUAUUGGGCUGGUUUACCCUUCGCGGGUUGGAAGGUCAGAUAGGCAGUCGCUUCUGUAAAAAACCGGAUCUGUCAAAUCUUCAGGUUAGGUGAGCGGACCCUGUGAAAAACGGGAUAAUGUUAUCCCAGAUGAUUGGUUUAGGCAUGUGCUGGAUUCGAACCUGCGACUUCUUAUACAGUUGUUUACUUGUCCUAAUCACAUUUUGAAUUCUCCACACCCACCAGCAUGUCCUUGAACGGUAUGUUACCGUGUAGUUACAUCACAAUAGUACCGGGUACUAAAUAAAUCUUUGUAAAUUGUGAUGCUAACAGUGAAGCGACUUGUGUUCUGCAUUUCGAUAAAUUUGGCCCGAUUCGGUGACACCAUACUUUCCCCUACGUGACUAUUGUGGUUGGUCAGACGUGGUAAGGAUAGGUCGUUGCGAUAUGUAUACGAUAUUGUUAAAGAACUUCUAGAAACAUACGUUCAUGAAUAUAUUCCUAAUUGAACUAGUCAGAUACAGAGAAACAGUGUGAUAGGAGAGAGAUGUGGUGUAAAAGACGAUACACUAUUGUGUGUGUGUCUAUUGGCGAGUGACUAUUGGCGAUAUACCAAUCUCUAGGUCAUCUGGAACUGGGUUAGAGUUUUGAUCUAUAGGUCAGUCAGUCAGUCAAUGAUAAAAAUGAGGAUUUUUGGACAUUAAUAUUUAAAUAACCGUUUGAGAUAACCUUAUGAAAUUUAAAACACAUAUGUAUCUCGCAAGUCUCAAUAUAUGAGCCAAAUUUGAUACGUUUAUGUGAAAUAGUUUUUGAUUUAUGAGGGGGUCAAAAAUGGCUCCAAAUGGUUCGUGUAAUAUUACACACGGUGCGGCUCGCCAGUUCUGUUUCCUGAACUUGGCUUGACACGCGACCGCGUGUCUAGAUAAUAAAAACGGUUCUCGUGCAAACUGAAAUAUUGAUGAUUAUUUUACAAGAAGCACAAAAGGCCAAAAUUCAUUAAAAAAUCAAAUCAAUCAAUCAAAAAAAUAAAAAAAAUAUCAAAAGCAAAGACAAUAAAAUAAUAAAAAAAACUAUAUAAAACAAGUAAAAUUCUAUAAAAAGAUGUGGCUAUCUUGCGAAAGUGACUGAGAUUGAGAAGGGAAUGUUAAGUUGGUUUGGACACGUAGAGCGGAUGAAGGAUUAUAGCAUUACGAAAGCAGUAUCUAAGCGAAGGUUGUGGCAGGGCUGGCAGAGGAACACUCAGAAGGAUGUACAUUGAUAUGUCCUUAGAAAAGACAAUCAGCUCUGAACCGGCGUGAGUGUAGAUUGAUGAAUGUGGAGGAAGCAAGAGAAGAGUGUGUCAGGAUCGAAGCAAAUGGAAUUCAAUAGUCUCUGCUUACCCCGGUGGGAACUAGGCGUGAGUUUAUGUAUGAAUGUGAAAUAGUCAUCAAGUCAUAUUCCGGUAGCAAAGUCCGUGUUAACAGGCUGGUUACUCACCCUGGACUAUUCCACUACUGAAGACCUCGUAAAAUAAUUUUUCUACUUACCUCUUCCUCAAUUUAUUUAUACCUAUGCUACACUUUAUUUUGUAAUGCUUAUCUUUGUUUUCUUUUGUUUUUUGUUAUAAUUUUAGGCUAGUUUCUAAUAAAAAAUAAAAAAAUAUCUGGUUCCCCAAGAUUCAGGCAUUGCCUAGUUUGGGGACCCCUGUACAACUCCUGAAAACUAAUUAGAUUAUAAGCACACCUUUAGUUUUAAGUAAACAUUUAAUUUUGUAAUUCUCCUAUUUUGUGCAAUAAAGUUCUUAUAUUAUUAUUAAGUUAUCUGUUAGACCAACGUGAUAUUUGUAUAUGGACGCUGUCUGAAAUACUUUUUUUAAACCACACCAUAGAAGAAGAUUGGCGACAGCAUACAACUGGCCCGUAAUAGUAAACAUGCGGAAUAUGUAUCCAGAAUAGGCCGCCCGAAUAGCAAAGCACUGCCCCAUGCAUCACUUUAUAUUAAGUGGACAACUCGUACGCACGUUCAGUCGUUAAUCGUUACUGGUGACAAUAACCGUGCAACAUGAGACCUUUGACUCUGAUAUUGCUCCUCUUCGCUCUCCAUGCUGCUAAGGCCACGCUAGACUUGCAGGCUUUGAAGGAGAACGCUGCAGCCAACUUCAAGGAAUUCGUCGACAGCAUUGACUUCGACAAAGUCAAACAAUUAGACGUCUUAGACAUACUGCCCAAGGUUCAGAAGAAGGUCGAAUUCGGAAAGAAGAUUUACGAACAGAAAAAACAGCUCGGACAGACGAUUUUGGACUACAAGAAACAGAAGUUCAACGAUAAACUACAAGGUCUACAGAAACUUGCUCAAGUGAAGCAGCAAGCGUUGCAAGGCAUUGUGGAGAAGAAGACAAAGAUAGCCCAAGAUCUCUUUGCACAAAAGCAAAAGAUAGUCCACGCCUUGGUUGAUGAAAAACAGAAGUUUGUUCACGACUUGCUUCAUGAAAAGGAGAAACUAGUGCACAGUUUAGUCGACGAGAAGAAGAAGAAGAUACAUGUGUUCCUGGACGCGCCUCCGAAGAAAGUCAUCUACUUAGAUCAUCCUCCACACCCUGAGGUAUAUUACGAGCAUCCUCCUCACGAACCGCACAAAUUAGUGAAAGUUAUUGAACACAGACCAUGGCCUAUUAAAAGAGUGAUCAUUCACACCAAGAUAUAUGACUGAGUAAAAAGAUACAAUGGUUUAUAUGCCUGAAACACUUUAAGUACAAAACCAAACAGCAUUAUGAAGGAAUCUUUUCCAAAAGAAUUGUCAUAAAAGCCUGUGUCGUGCUUAAGACUGUUAUAAUGUAGUCAGUAUAAGAUUCAAUUUUGUUAACACGUACCGUAACAUAUGAGUUUAUAAUGAAUUUGUGGAACUCGCUAUGCCAGGAUCGAAGCUACCAUUUUUAAAACCCUUGUGGAUUUGCCAUAUUGGUGCUGAAUCCAGUACACAUCAUCUAAGUUUAUUUUAAAAUAUACCUGUCAUUUUCUUAUCCGCCGAAAAGGAAAGGGACGGGUAAUCGCCAGGCAUAAAAUUUAUGCAACUCACGCCAAUUUUAGGCAGAAAAAAACCCUCCCAAAAUUUUAUAUUGGCCAAUAACCCGACAGAAUUAAGUUCACAGCACACGUCGGUUGGAUUGAAUAGGAGCGAGAUGCCUAUGUUGUUUGCCUGGGCUAUCUUUACAUUUUAAAAUUAACGGUUGUCAAUCAUCCGUCCCUUUUCUUUUCGUCGAAUAAGAACACGACAGGUAUAACUUAAAAUAAAAUUAGGAGGUGUCUGCAGGAAUCGGGGCCAUUGUAUCGUACUUAUCACACAAUGCGCACUAUUUAUUUUGGCAAUUACUUAGUAAGUAUUAGUGUGUUAAAUUGUUUAUUUUGUAAUUAACGCAUGUAAGUUGUUACGUUUGUGAAAGUUUUGUUUGUGUGUGAAAAAAAUGUGGACAACAUCAUCGUCAGAUUUAUCAAGUUAAAAAACACUUGUAAUUAUAAUUAUUAAGGGUCUGUUUCGCUACUUUCUUAUAAUUAAGUGUCUGAUAGCUUACCCGGAACUUAUCUGACAGAUAAUAGUACACAUAAGCUCACGGCUAGUCAUAAUUCGCUAUUGCCAACAGGGUGGUUAAAAUGGCCACAUCAAAGCAAUUAAAGAAAGCAAUAUUGCACUUUGACAUUUGCACAUAUAAAAGUGCGCAAUGCAAACAACUGUCAAAUAGCAAUACUGCCUCCUUAGAUGCUUCGAUGUGGCUAUUUUAACCCCCCUGGUUAUUCAUAGGUACAUCUAUCGCAAGAUGAACUGAGUACCCAGACGCUUCUGCUUUCUGUUAGAUCGGCGAGAUAGGUGGUUAAUUAGUAACUCCUUGGUGUAAGUCUGGCACCGGGUUCGAACCGGCAUUCUCCGUUUGGGAAGCAAGCCGGUGACCCUUUACUACCCGUAGUCCAUCUUCGGUGUUUCCACCUAUUUCUACCAAAGUAUUCCUCCCAAGGGAAAUCUAUUACCAUUCAUUUCUACUACUCUAAUACAACAUGCUUUAUAAUGUCAAUGUAGUAUAAUCUCAAACAAAAGUAUUUAUAUAAAUAAAUAUUCAUUUUUAAAUAAACUAAAAAUGAAUUCCUUUCAUAACUUAAAAACUACAAGAGAAACAGAGUAAAUAGUUAUUAAUAUAAUUGUCGUGAUGAUGGUAAGUACAUAACUAAAUAGGAUGUUCUGACAAUGUAGUAGAAAUGAAUGUAAAAUCUAUUUCCCUUGGGAAAAAUACUUUGGUAGAAAUAGGUGGAAGCACCGUCCACCUCAUAGGGUCGCCGUGACAAUAAGAAGUCCCAUAUUUCUCUUUCAUAAAUUACUGUUUGAAACAUGGGUAUGCAGGUAGAACACGGGGAAAAAAAUACCCGUGGUUCGCCUGGGUGGACUACCAGGUGACACACAGGAUCACUGUGAAUUAUACACAUAUAAAAAGCACUACUAUCAGACACUUAUUCUAUCUAUAGAAUACCAGACAGUUUAUCAGCGAGUGGUGAAACAUGAUCUGUUAAAAAGUUAUCAAAACAAUUAAUCUAAAAAGCAAUAUUGCUAUUCGUCAUUUUGUGUGCAUUGCGCACUUACUUUUACACGAGCAAAUAUCACAUUGCAAUAUUGCUUUUUAGAUAAAUUAAUUCGAUGUGGCCUUUUUAACCCUCUGAUCACUAUACAAAAUGGGUACUUACCUAAGUUUAUGUUUGAUGUCAAAGUAUGUUUUUCCGAAUGUCUGUAAACAUAGUGGUA